ACACGAACUUGUUUAGAAGGCGCACCAACAAUCCAUGCUUGCUUUGGAGCAUGGGAGAAAAAAAGGUCAGACUUUACAGAAGGUAACCAAUGUGGAGAGGCUUGAAGCUGGAGAGCACCGCCUGUCUUCUGCAGGUGGGAGCCCACAAGUUGCUCCUUCAAAGACAUGUUUCAUCCCUUCUCACUCAAAGGGUCCUUAACAGGACUUCAGAGACACUAUGGAGCCAAAGACUCGGACGUACAAGCUUUUUCCUCGCACACAAGGUGAUCAGGAACUAUAAAAAGGACACAAAGUACACCGUAGAGUUCCCUUCAGGUCCCAUUUCGGUCACAGACAUUAAGCAGUACUUACGCUCUAAAGACGUUCCCUUCCACGAUGGCUACAGCUGCCUCCACGUCCCGAGCAUCUUCAUCGAUCCGUCCACAAGGAAGAGCAGCUACUCUCUGUUCAUCAACAAGACAACUGGACGGUUUCUGUGUAAGGACACGCUGGUCGAGGGGAGCUGGGAGGACCUCCAGGACUGUCUGGAGGUGAUUCAGAGGGAAGAGCAGGACUUCCUCAACCCCCAUGUGCUGCUGGGGUAUCCGGAGAGCAUGGAGGAGCAGGAGGAGACGGAGCGAGAGCUGAGGGAGGUGCAAGAAAUCUGGUCCAGCUCUGUGCCUUUCACGGAUCUCCCCGAYGACGUAGCUCAACUGAUUAAAACCAUGUUCCAGAUGACAAAAAUCUCAAAUGCAACCCUUAAAAAGUUUGGUGUCAGACUCUUCAAGCCAACCAAGAGUCUGGUUUUCCCCUGGUUUGGUGGUCCUCACUCCUCCCUGAAGGGGAUCAAGCUCCUCUCCGCCCAGACGACCGCCACAGAUGAGGUUGUUUACAAGGAAGUUACUGUCCCGAGGUGCAGCUCCUACUUGUUUGGUCUUCCCCUGGUGACCAGUUCGGACUCGGAGGUGGUGUUAACCAGCCGUGAGUUGGACACCAUGGCCGUGAGCCAGGCCACGAGUCUCCCCAGCGUGGCGCUCCCUCGCGGGGUCAGCUGCCUCCCGCCGGCCCUGCUGCCRUACCUGGAGCAGUUCAGGCGCGUGACCCUGUGGCUCGGGAGUGACAUUCGCUCCUGGGAGGCGUCGAAGAUCUUCUCACGCAAGCUGGGUCUGAGGAGGUGCGCGCUGGUGCGGCCCGGGGAGUUCCAGCCGUGUCCGAUGGAGGCGCUGUCCCAAAACAAGAACUUGAGCCAGAUUGUGAAAGCCUCCAUCCUGGCGGCCCACAAGUCCAUCAUUUCCUUCAAACAGCUCAGAGAGGACGUGUACGGCGAGCUGGCCAACACGGACCAUGUGGCUGGAGUGAAGUGGACUAGGUUUCCAGAACUCAACCGGAUCCUGAAGGGACACAGAAAMGGAGAACUCACAGUUUUCACGGGGCCGACUGGAAGUGGGAAGACCACGUUCAUCAGCGAGUUGGCGUUAGAUCUCUGCAUGCAGGGCGUCAACACGCUGUGGGGCAGCUUUGAGAUCAACAACGUCCGUCUGGCGAAGAUGAUGCUGACCCAGUUCUCCAUGCAGCGUCUGGAGGAGAAAAUGGACCAGUACGACUACUGGGCCGACAAAUUCGAAGAGCUGCCGCUCUACUUCAUGACGUUCCACGGGCAGCAGAACAUCAAGACAGUGCUGGACACCAUGGAACACGCUGUCUACAUGUAUGAUAUCCACCAUGUGGUCAUAGACAACCUGCAGUUCAUGAUGGGACAUGAGAACAUCUCAGUGGACAAGUUUGCACUCCAGGACCACAUUAUCAGCYUGCUCAGGAAGUUUGCCACCACCAGCUGCUGCCACGUCACUCUGAUCAUCCACCCGAGGAAAGAGGACGACGACCGGGAUCUACAAACRGCCUCCAUCUUUGGUUCUGCAAAGGCCAGCCAGGAGGCGGACAACGUCCUGAUUUUGCAGGAGAAGAAGCUGGUGACGUGUCCCGGCCGCAGAUCCCUGCAGGUCACCAAAAACCGCUUCGACGGCGACGUGGGCAUCUUCCCUCUGGACUUCCACAAGUCUUCKCUGACGUUCUCGGCUCCACUCAAAGGCAAAGUCAAGCUGAAGAAGGUCACCGUCAAGGAGCAGACCGAGACCGAGGCGGACGUCCAGGGCACGUUGAAGAAGGAUGAAGCGAAGAAAAAGAAGGGGGAGAAACCGACUAAAACAGCAAAAACCGUUAACAGUACUGCCAAAGGAAAGGAAAACAUCCAGGAGGGAUUAUUGAAAAUGGAAAUAAUGACCCCCCACAUUUAAUGAUUUAUAGCAGAUUCACUUUUCUAAUUUCUACCUGAAAGUUUAGCUAAGCUAGGAUGUAAAAUAACUUUGUCUAGUUUAACRAAUAUACACUGUUUCAAUACUGUUUUUUAUACAAAUACUGUAUUUAGGUAUAUUUUUGUUAUUUCCUUCAGUUUCAACCAAAAGUGUGAAACCAGGACAGAUAUCACUGUCUGUGUUCUUGACUGGCAUUUUAUUAGUUUUUUCCUCCAAGUAUUGUCAUUUAUUAAAGGGGCAAUAUCAUGUAAAAUCAA